AUGUGGAUCCGUCUGGCGUUUUGUUAUUCUGUUGAGUGCUACAGGUCUCGGAUUCACUUCUCAUUCCGGAUUCAUUCCGUGGUGAAGAACAUCGGCUUCGCCAUGAAGAAAAGAUUUGUCUUUCUUCACCUCCUGAUUUUAUUCUGGACCUGCGGUCACGGUCGCACCGACCAGCCGCAGGACUUCAUGCUCCUGGCGGGGCCGCUGACCAACCAAUUUGUGCGAAUCUUAACAACGAACCCUUCUGCAGGUCGGACGUUCCCGUCGAGUGCUUCAAAUGGAGAUGAUGGUUUUGACUGCACGGAUCCUCUCCCAGUCCAUUCCAGAGAGCACUUCCAGUACCUGCAGAGCCGAGGAGUGACCCAUUAUAAAGUCCCCCUGGUCUGGUCGAAAAUCCUCCCCACGGGGGAACCCGACCGGCCUCACGAACCCACGCUGACCUGCUACAGGACCCUGGUGAAGCAACUGGUCCAGUCUGGCGUCCAGCCUCUGCUCGUGCUCCAUCGUUCUGCACUUCCGGAAGGUCUCGGAAGCAAGUAUGGAGGCUGGGAGGACCCUGAUGUGAGACGGAUCUUUAAGGACUACGCAGAUUUCGUUUUUAGCAGGUUUGGAGAUCUGGUGCACGUGUACGUCACGUUCAGUCACUUACACGAGCUCGGGGAUUCGGUACAGAUUCAGUACGCUCUUCAGGUCCAUACCGACGUCUACAAACUCUACCACGCCAGGUUUACUGAUGGCCAGGUUUCUCUAGGAAUGAGAGCCGAUAGCACAGCUCACAUGUACCAAACAGAAUCCAUGUACAUGAAAUAUGUAGACUUCCUGUCUCUGCAUGUAGACUAUAGCUGCAAAACUCCAGCAGACCUGAUGGAAGCACUGACACACAUUCAGGAUUCUGUUGGUCCUCAGCACAUGCUGGUGUAUCAGAUCAGCAUAAACGAAUGUGCUGACAGCAGUUUCCAGCCUCUCAUCAGCGUCCUUGAAGUUUUAAGGAACACACAGGUUCAUCUUCUGGGCUGUGAUAUUACAGACCUGUUGGGAGAGCUCGAGCAAGAAUCCACAAGCCUGCAGAGCGAAGUCCCAGGAGCUAUCAGCCAGGAAAGAAGUGCUGUCUGGGAGAAAUUCAGAACCCAGAGCCCGUCUGAGAGGGACGCCUUCCUGGACGGCUCCUUCCCGAAAGAAUUCGAAUGGGCGGUCUCCACCGAGUCGUUCAAAGUCGAGGGCGGCUGGUCCGAGCACGGCAAAGGGGAGACCACGUGGGACUGCUUCGGCCACGAGUGGAAAGUCUUCAAUAACCAGACGGCCGAUGUUGCCUGUGACAGCUACCACAAAGUGGACUACGACGUGUACCUCCUGAGAGGCCUGCUCUCCCCUCAUUACCAGUUCUCCAUCUCCUGGGCCAGAAUUUUCCCCACAGGUCAGAAGGACAGCCUGCUUGAGAAGGGGGCUUCGUAUUACGACGAGCUGAUCGACAAGCUCCUGCAGUCAGGAAUUCAACCCACCGUGACUUUACAUCACUGGGAUCUGCCCCAAGCUCUGCAGGACCAGGGCGGAUGGAGAAACGUGUCUAUCGUGGCGGCGUUCAAAGACUUUGCAGACUUCUGCUUCUCCAGAUAUGGGAACAGGGUGAAGACCUGGAACACCCUCAGCAGUCCGUAUGUUGUGAGCAACUCUGGGUACGGCACAGGAGAACAUCCACCGGGUAUCGAAGACCCCAUUGUGGCUUCUUACCAGGUGACGCACAACAUGCUAAAAGCUCACGCCGAGGCGUGGCACGUCUACGACAGUACCUAUCGAAAAGAGCAGGGUGGAAGAGUGGGCAUCGCUCUCAGCUCAGACUGGGCCGAACCGAAGAAUCCGACCUCGCCUCAGGACGUCCAGGCUGCCGAGCGUUACCUGAACUUUAUGCUCGGAUGGUUUGCUCACCCUAUCUUUGUAGACGGCGAUUACCCAGCGUCGCUGAGAAAGCAGAUCGAGCAGAAGAGAACCGAGUGCGGCACGGAGCUCGCCAGGCUCCCCGUCUUCACCGAAGCCGAAAGACUUCGGAUCAAGGGUACGGCCGAUUUCUUCGGGCUGAACCACCACACCUCACGACUCGUCAAUGAGAGUCUGGGAAGUUGUUCCGCCGGACCGGAGAGCGUCGGAGACUUUCAGGGUCACGUCGAUCCCGACUGGCCCACGACGGCAUCGAGCGAGAUUCAGUCCGUGCCGUGGGGUCUCCGUCGCCUGCUGAACUACAUCGCUGCGGCGUACACGUCCGUCACUAAGGUUCCCAUUUACGUCACCGGGAACGGGAUGCCGACAGAGUACGACGAGGACGUGCUGAACGACACUCGGCGUAUAGACUUCCUGAAGGCGUACACCAACGAAGCUCUGAAAGCGAUUAAUCUGGACAGUGUGAACGUAAAGAGGUUCACAGUCCAGUCCCUGUUAGACGGAUUUGAAGGUCCUCAGGGCUACAGCCAACGAUUUGGACUACAUUUUGUCGACUUUGAGGAUCCUAACAGACCCAGAACCCCCAAGGCUUCGGCGUACUACUUCUCCCAGCUCGUCGAAAGAAACGGGUUUGCCGAGAUUGGGACGCCCUCUUUCAGGGAAACGUUCGAUACACAAAAGAGUCUGAAGCUUCCCAGCCUGCCGCCGUCUGAGGUCCCUUCGAAUGCAAAAGUCGUUUGGGAGAAGUUCUCACGUCAGUCCAGGUUUGAGAGGAACCUUUAUCACUACGGGACGUUUCCCGAGGGGUUUAAAUGGGGCGUGUCGUCCUCGGCGUAUCAGGUCGAAGGUGGCUGGAACGCUGAUUGGAAGGGGCUCAGCGUGUGGGAUACAUUCACCCACAAGCCUGGCGCCAUCCAAAACGACGCCAACGGUGACGUGGCUUGUGACAGCUAUAACAGAAUGGAGGAAGAUCUGUACAUGCUGAGAGCGCUGAAAAUAAAGACGUACAGGUUCUCGCUGUCCUGGCCACGGAUCUUCCCCAGCGGCUAUAAAGAGUCUGUAAACAAAAAGGGCGUGGACUAUUACAACCGGCUCAUAGAUCGCCUCAUGGCGUAUGGCAUCACGCCGAUGGUUACGCUCUACCACUGGGAUCUACCUCAAGCUCUUGAAGACAUCGGUGGCUGGGAUAACGUCGUCAUGAUUGAAAUAUUCAACGAAUACUGCGACUUCUGCUUCCAAACCUUCGGAGACAGAGUCAAAUUCUGGAUGACCUUCAACCAACCCCACACCAUCGCCUGGGUAGGUUACGGCCUGGGAAUGUUCCCCCCAAACGUUAACAAGCCGGCGGACGCUCCUUACAGGGUGGCGCACAACCUCCUAAAGGCGCACGCCAAAGCGUACCACACGUACGACGAGAACUACAGAAAGAGCCAGAACGGCCUGAUCAGCCUGAGUCUGAACGCCGACUGGAUCGAGCCCCUGGACGUGAACGCUCCCCGCGAGGUGGUGGCCGCCGACCGAGCGCUCCAGUUCCAGCUCGGAUGGUUCGCGCAUCCCAUCUUCAAAAACGGCGACUAUCCUGACGCCAUGAAGUGGCAGGUGGGCAACAAGAGUGAGCUUCAGGGGUUAUCCGAAUCCAGGUUGCCGGCUUUCACAGAGCAGGAGAAAUCCUACAUCCGGGGCACGGCCGACGUCUUCUGCAUCAACGCCUACACCACCAGACGGGCGCAUCACGUGACCGCCAGGCUUUCGCCCAAAUCGUACGAGUAUGAUCAGGAUGUCGGGACUAAAGACGCGGAAGACUCUCAGGGCACGGCGAUGAAAGAGUUAAGGGCGGCGGCUUACGGACUGAGAAGGCUCCUCAACUGGAUAAAGGAGGAGUACGGAGAUCCUGAAAUCUACGUAACGGAAAACGGCGUGGCUACGAGCGCUGGAACUACAAGAACUACAGUCGACGACACCGACAGAAUCUUCUUCCUCAAGACGUACAUCGAUGAGGCGCUUAAAGCUCAAAACUUGGACGGAGUGCGACUGAAGGGAUACACGGCCUGGUCUCUGCUGGACUCUUUCGAGUGGCUUAACGGCUACAGCGUCGGGUUUGGACUUCACCACGUGGAUUUCACGAAGCCUGAUCGGCCGAGAACUCCCAAACGCAGCGCGCACUAUUACUACCAAGUGGUCAGAGACAACGGGUUUCCGCUACCUGACGAGGAGAAGCACGUGUACGGCCGCUUCGGAGAGGGGUUCGUGUGGAGCGCAGCUACCGCGUCGUAUCAGAUCGAGGGCGGAUGGAGGGCGGACGGGAAAGGUCUGAGUAUCUGGGACAAGUUUGCCCACACGCCGCUCAGAGUGGGAAACGACGACAACGGCGACAUCGCCUGCGACAGCUACAACAAAAUCAGCGAGGAUGUAGAAAUGCUUAAACAGCUCAAGGUUAAUCAUUACCGCUUCUCCGUGUCAUGGCCGAGAAUUCUGCCGGACGGAACCACCAGGAACAUCAACGCAGCCGGACUGAACUAUUACCACCGGCUGGUGGACGCACUUUUGGCGGCCAACAUCAAACCACAAGUCACCCUGUAUCACUGGGACCUCCCUCAGGCACUGCAGAACGUGGGAGGCUGGGAGAACGACACGAUCGUCUCCAGGUUCAGGGACUACGCUGAUGUCGUCUACAGCAGUCUAGGAGACAAAGUCAAAUUCUGGAUCACCAUUAACGAGCCCUAUAACGUGGCGAACAUCGGGCACGGUUACGGCACUGCCGCGCCUGGUAUAAGCGUGAGACCGGGCACAGCGCCCUACACCGUGGCUCACAAUCUGAUCAAGGCCCACGCUGAGGCCUGGCAUCUGUACAACGACGAGUACAGAGCCAAGCAAGGUGGCAUCAUUGGCAUCACCAUCAACUCAGACUGGGCAGAGCCUCGAAACCCUUACAAACAGGAGGACUACGACGCAGCCAUGCGUGUCGUAGAGUUCCAGAUCGGCUGGUUCGCUCACCCUGUUUUUAACGGCGAUUAUAAUGCGGUGAUGAAGAACAGGGUUCGAGAGAGAAGUUUGGCAGCUGGUCUGGCAAAGUCCCGUCUUCCAGAAUUCACCCCUGAGGAGAUUAAAAGGAUUAAAGGCACUCAUGAUUACUUCGGGUUUAAUCACUACACCACCGUGCUCGCCUUUGACGUGGAUUAUAAAAACCUUCAACAUUACGAUGCUGACAGAGGAGUCGGGACCAUUCAUGACCGCUCGUGGCUGGACUCUGGAUCGGCCUGGUUGAAAAUCACACCGCCUGGAUUCAGAAAAAUCCUGAAUUUCAUCAAGGACGAGUACGGGAACCCUCCUGUUUACAUCACCGAGAACGGCAUCUCAGAGAGAGGAGACGUGAACUUAAACGACGUGCACAGGAUUCACUACUACAAAAACUACAUCAACCAGGCUCUGAAAGCUUAUCUGCUCGACGGCGUGGAUAUCCGUGGUUAUACAGCCUGGACUUUGAUGGAUAACCUGGAAUGGGCGACGGGUUUUGCUGAGAAAUUCGGUUUCUUUUACGUGAAUCGCUCGGAUCCAUCCCUACCACGUAUCCCCAAGGAUUCUGUCAAAUACUACGCCACCGUCGCCAACUGCAACGGCUUCCCAGAUCCCAGCCAAGGGCCCCAUGAAUGUGAAAACACUGGAACGGAAGGAACGAGCACACCUCCAACCUCCACGCCCUCCAUACACAAGUUGAUGAUGGUGAAUUUCCUGGGGAUGGAUCUACCAGGUCCAGAAGCUGAAGUGGCUCUUAAUGUUCUCUUCAGUCUCACCAUCGCAGGCGUGGUCGCAGGAGUGGUCGCAGGAGUCCUCAUCACCUACCAGUGCAUCAAGGCUAGAAAGACCUCGAAAAAGCCCAGCGAGGAAUUUAUAGGACUUGAGAAUAAAUUUUGGGUCUCAGGUCCGGGGUUAGACCUGGUGCUUACCGCCCUGUGUAAUGCUGAGGAGACGGACUAA